UGUGAAAAUGAUCAUCGUCGUCUCAGGUUGCCGUUUACCAUAUCAUUUGAUGAGUAGUCGAUUUGUUUGAAUAGGUAGUGGUGCAAGGCGAGAUGGUUUAUGAUAAAGUCGAAAACAAAGGGAUUGUUUUAAAUCUCUUUACACAAACUCUCAACCAAAUUGGUAUUCUACUAACACAAACUGUUUACAUAUCAAGUGUAAAUGUAUUGAUUUCAGACGGAACUUUUGUCUUUAUUUUCUAAGAUACAUAAUCCUAUCAGACUGGGCGAAAUUAUGGACUUGGUACCUCCAGCAAUCCUUAUUCUUUAUCUCCAGAACACUCGAUAUUGCUUUUGUUCUUUUGAAGGAGAGAGCUUCUUGGAAUCAUCAGAACCAUUAACGUGGAUUGCGGCACAGAAAUUCUGUAGUGACCAGCAAAAAAUUCUGAUCCCGGGAACAAAGGAGGAUUUCCCCUCCCCACACUGGACAGGAUAUUAUCAUAGACUAUCUGACUGGAUACACGUUCUUGGCUGUCAUGGUGUCCAGUCUGUGGAAGAUCUGGUGGUCCUCUCUAACUAUACUUUGGACAGAGGGUCAGUGGGGCUCUGUCAAGAGAGGUGUGGAUCAAACAGCUUCGCUCUUCAGAACACCACGUGUCUUUGCCUGAGGGAGACACCCCAGAUUAAUAGUCUUCUUCCCUCACGAUGUGAUUAUUACUGUCCCUCUGACGAUGAUAGUCACGUGAACGACUGCGGAGGAGGCGACACCUAUAAUGUCUACAGAGUAACAACAAACAAUAUCUUAACUAGUGAACGGACAGUAAACUGUGUAGUAUUGGGAUGUUAUGAGCAGUAUUCACAGAUCCACACCAACAAUUGUACUGAGGACCUGGGUCGAGUCUGUGAGUCAGAAGCAAGUACCAAUAAAACGAUUGCCCCUGACGAAGAAAAUUUUAAGUCCUGGAAUCACACCUAUACGGAAUGUAGGGAGAGAGGGAGCUACCUUUACGGUAACCUCAGCCUCAAUGAAGACUCCAGAGCACUGUGUAGUAAGCUGUACAACAUCAAAAGUAACACCCCGGAAACCUGGCUGGGGGUGGCCAGACAAGUUUUCCGGACCAGAGACAGAGGAGAACAGCUGGAUGGGCGAGUUGUGAUAGACUGCAGCAUUUGUCAAGGACAGGCGGGAUGUUCCUAUGUAGAUAACUGUAAUAGUAAUACAAUGAAAGCAACCGCAAUAUGUGGCAAUGAGGACGAUUUGCUACCACCUACACUAGGCACAGGGGAAACAUCCACGAUGACCAGCACUUCAGGAGCAAUUACGGCUGCACCUGCACCUAAAACCGGGAUCGGUGACGAUGCAAAGCAAGCAAUUGCAAUUACAGUAUCCCUUGUAGUUGUGGGGAUCGUGUUGGUAAUUAUUGGAGUUGUCUGCAUCCGAAAACGGAGACAAAGGUCUGGUAAACCAGACGAAGUCCCUGGGGAAAAGUUCGGAAAGAAUGUUGUAAUUGAAAGUGAAAGAGGCAAAGGUUCGGUAGAUUCGUUCAUGAAAGAAAACAUAAAUAGUAAAACAAUUGGCUUCGAAUCUCCGACUCCAUCUGUAUCGAUACCGAAAGAUACACAAAGGGAAUCUAACAAAAGGAAUGACAAGAAGGAGUUAAAAGAAUCAGAGGUGGUGACUGGAGAUUCUUCCAAUGGUAAAUCAGAUGAAGCAAAGCUAGGAUCGACCAAUGAUCUCAUCCAACAGUCUAUCACUCAAAUAGAUACAGAAAACAAACUGGGCAAUAAUACCAAGCAAAUAGAUACAGAAAACAAACUGGACAAUGAUACCAGGCAAAUAGAUACAGAAAACAAACUGGACAAUUGUCCAAACACAGAAGAAGGUAUUCUAAAAGACAGUCCAGAAGACAAGAGUGAAAUAAUAAAGAGGAAGGUCGAAAAUACACCUUAUUGUACAGAAAUCAUACCAGAAAAUGAUGCCAAAAAUCUGAGAGAUUCUAAAGAGAUUCCAACAACAGAUAUCGAUACAACCAGGACUAAAGAAGCAGAGAAAACAGCAUCCGAAAAUACAAACACAAAGCAAACGGAAAUGAAUGUGCCAUAUGUUGAUAGGUCAAAGACAAUACCAUCAAAAGAUGAUGGAGUCAGACUUCCGGUUACCAAGGCAACGGCAAACAGCAUGCCACUGCCAAUUGCAAAUAUAAGUAGUGGAAAUCCAGUGAACAAGAAAAAUGUCUCCAUUAUUCAAGUAUCUAAAUUCUAACAGAUUUGGUUCAUUGCUUUUUACUAGUAUUUGUAUUCAGAAAAAAACUAGAGAAGUUUAUACAAGUCUCAAAUAUUUAUAAUAAGAGUCAUGGCUACAAGCCCUUUAAUGAUUUUGGGAGGAAAUAACUACAAUCUGGCAAUAUGAUUGCUGUUACCCAGAUGUUUGUACAUGUUACCAUAGUAACAUUCCCACUGACAAUCACAUGUUACCAAUGACAUCAUUUUUUUUCCUCUUGAAUGUUUUUUCAUAUCAGGAGACAAUGCAAGUUUAGUGUAAAUAACAUUUUAUAGAGUUAAUGCAAAAGACAUACAUAUUACUGAUAUAGCAAGGAAUAAGAUUUUACAAAACGUUCCUUUUUAUUACAUUUUUUAGUUUUCAAUAUUUAUUAUUAUCUAUCUGUGUUCAUUUUUGGAAACAAAUCCUUUAGUUAAUAUUACUUAUACUGAGUAAGUGGUAAAAACAUGUUGAUUUGCAGAUGUAUUGAUAAAAUAAUCUAUUUAUUGUACUGUGUUUAUGUAACCGGAGUGAAAGAUAUAUUGUAAGGAAAUAUUUAUAUUAAUUAAAAAAUCUUUUGGCAUUAAUAAAAAAAAAAUCAACGAUUAAAGUAAAGCAUAACGAAUUGAGCAAGUAAAUUUUAUAUCAGGUACCAGCUUGUUUUGUUUGAAAACGAUUGAUCUUCGAACAAAAUAAA